AUGGACCCUAAUUCAAGUCUUCCAAAAAGGGAAGAUGACUACACCAUUGAAGAUAAAAAGAAAUUAAGUAUAAAUGACAAAGCUCUUAACUUAUUGUUUUGUUCUCCUGAUUCUACAGAGUUUGGAAGAGUUUCGGCAUGUAAAACUGCCAAAGAUACAUGGAAAAUUCUUCAAACAACUCAUGAAGGAACAUGUCAAGUGAAGGAAUCAAAGAUCGAGAUUCUAUUCUGUGACUAUGAGCUAUUUGAGAUGAAAACCAGAGAAACCAUCACCAACAUAUACACAGGGUUGUCCAACUUGAUAAACAACCUCAAGGGUCUUGGAAAGAGUUUUGAAACUCUUGAGCUUGUAAAGAAAAUCCUUCCUUCAUUGCCAGAAAUUUGGACAAUGAUGGUGACCGCGAUUGAAGAAUCCAAAGAUCUCACCAAAUGA